GAUGGUAAUUGCAAACAGCUGGAAAAGUUACCUGGAAUUACGAACAUUUAACUCACAAGAGCCAGCCUCCUUUUUCAGUCAAGUUUACAGCAAGCAUUUCCGUAUCCAUGGCUGCUCAAAUCCGUUGGAAUUACGACGUCUUCUUAAGUUUCAGAGGUGAAGACACUCGCAAAACUUUCACCGAUCACCUCUACACCGCCUUGAUGAAUGCCAGAAUUCGCACCUUCCGAGAUGAUGAUGAGCUUCCUAGAGGGGAGCACAUCUCUACCGAAUUGAUCAAAGCUAUUCAAGGAUCAAAGGUUUCUAUUGUGGUUUUUUCAAAAGGAUAUGCUUCUUCUAGUUGGUGUCUUGAUGAGCUUGUGGAGAUCAUACGCUGUAAGAAUUCUAUAGGCCAAACUCUUCUUCCCAUAUUUUAUGACGUGAACCCAUCCUAUGUGCGAAAACAAACCGGAACUUUUGCCGAAGCAUUUGCUGGGCAUAAAGACCGGUUUCAAGCAGAGAUGGGGAGGGUGCACAACUGGAGAGCAGCUCUUACUGAAGCUGCAAAUUAUUCCGGUUGGGAUAUCCAAAACGUUGCAAACGGGUACGAAUCAAGGUUCAUCGAGAAAAUUGUUGAUGAAGUUUUGAGUAAAGUGAACAAUGCUUGCUUGGAUAUUGCCAAACAUCCAAUAAGUAUAGAUUAUCGUAUUGAAAAGAUGAAAGCUUUAUUAAAUCUUGGAAAAAGUGAUGUUAACAUUGUAGGCAUCUAUGGCAUGGGUGGAAUCGGUAAAACAACCUUAGCUAAAGCUGUUUAUAACCAAAUAUAUAAUGGGUUUGAAGGAAGCAGUUGUCUUUUAAACAUUAAUGAAAUUUCAAAACAACCCAAUGGUUUAGUUCAUUUACAAGAACAACUUCUUUCAGAAGUCUUAAAAUCCAAGAACUUGAAGAUUGCCAAUGUUGAUAGAGGAAUCAAUUUGAUUAAGGAAAGGUUUCGUUGUAAAAGAGUUCUUGUUAUUCUUGAUGAUGUGGAUAACUUGAAACAACUCAAUUUAUUAGCCGGAAGCUCUGAAUGGUUUGGUCCAGGAAGUAGAGUCAUUUUAACAACUCGAGAUGAACAUUUGCUAACUGAACUUGGAGUACAUGAAAAAUAUAAGGUCAAGGAAUUGAAUCAUGAGGAAUCUCUUCAACUUUUUAGUUGGCAUGCCUUUAGGAUGACUCAUCCAAAAGAAGAUUACCAAGAGCUUUCAAUUGGUGUAGUUAAUUAUGUGAGAGGGCUUCCAUUAGCUCUUGAAAUUUUGGGUUCCUAUCUAUCUGGAAGAAGCACUAUAGAAUGGAAAAAUGCAUUGGAAAAACUACAAAAAUAUCCUCACCACCAUAUUCAGAAAAUACUUAGAAUGAGCUUUGAUUCACUAGAUGAUGAUACUGUGAAGGACACAUUCCUUGAUAUUGCGUGUUUCUUUGUUGGUAUGGACAAAGAUUAUGCCAUCAAAAUAUUUGAUGGUUGUGGUUUCUUUCCUGAAAUUGGUAUUAAUAUUCUCAUUCAGAGGUCUCUUGUCACAAUCAUUGGCAAUGGGUUGUGGAUGCAUGAUCUAAUUCGAGAUAUGGGAAGGGAGAUUGUUCGUGAAAGAUCAUCCAACGAUCUAGGAAAACGUAGUAGAUUGUGGUGUCAUGAGGAUGUCUUACACGUGCUUAACAAACAAAUGGUAAGAAGCAUAAUUAAUCAUUCAUAUAUAAACACUUGAAUA